GGGGCAGCGCUGUUACUGAUUUGUGCCCAGGCCUUGGUGUAUGCUCGUCUUCCUGGCCGGGGCGGAGCUGUUUGUAUCUGGGCGCGGGUGUGUCAGCCUUGGGCCGAAGGUAAAUAAGCUCUCUGACGGUCGCAGGGAGCAACGGCGUGGACGAGGAUUUCUUCCCUGACAGUUUGCCAUGUCAUUCCAUACAUGUGGUCCCAACGAGGCCAUGGUGGUCUCAGGCUUCUGCCGGUCGCCACCAGUGAUGAUCGCGGGAGGGCGUGUAUUCGUUCUGCCAUGCGUCCAACAGAUUGAGAGGAUUUCGCUGAGCACUCUGACACUGAACGUGAAAAGCGAGAAGGUGUACACCCGUCAUGGCGUCCCAAUUUCCGUCACAGGAAUCGCACAGGUGAAGAUUCAGGGGCAAAAUAAGGAGAUGCUUGCCGCUGCCUGCCAGAUGUUCCUGGGAAAGUCAGAGACUGAGAUCGGGCAGAUUGCUUUGGAAACACUGGAGGGUCACCAGAGGGCCAUCAUGGCUCACAUGACUGUGGAGGAGAUCUACAAAGACCGGAAGAAGUUCUCAGAACAGGUCUUCAAAGUGGCUUCCUCUGACCUAGUCAACAUGGGCAUUGGGGUGGUCAGCUACACCCUGAAGGACAUUCAUGAUGACCAGGGUUAUCUACACUCACUGGGGAAGUCUCGCACAGCCCAGGUGCAGCGAGAUGCUCGGAUCGGAGAAGCUGAGGCCAAACGGGACUCGGGUAUCAAGGAAGCCAGAGCCCAGCAGCAGAAGGUCUCGGCGCAGUACGUGAACGAGAUUGAGGUGGCCAAAGCCCAGCGUGACUUCGAGCUGAAGAAAGCCACCUAUGACACGGAGGUGAACACAAGGAAGGCGCAGUCAGACUUGGCCUAUCAGCUGCAGGUGGCCAAGACCAAGCAGCAGAUUGAGGAGGAGAAGAUGCAGGUGCAGGUGGUGGAGCGUGCCCAGCAGAUCCAGCUGCAGGAGCAGGAGAUCCUUCGACGCGAGAAGGAGCUCGAGGCCAAGGUGAAGAAGCCCGCAGAGGCUGAGCGCUACAAACUGGAGAAGCUGGCUGAGGCUGAGAGGAUGAAACUCAUCAUGGAGGCAGAGGCGGAGGCAGAGUCCAUACGGGUGAAGGGAGAAGCAGAAGCCUUUGCGAUUCAUGCCAAGGCCAAAGCUGAGGCCGAGCAGAUGAUCAAGAAAGCAGAGGCUUUCAAUGAGUACAAGGAUGCUGCCAUGGUUGACAUGAUGCUGGAAAAGCUGCCCCAGGUGGCAGCAGAGAUCAGCCAGCCCUUCUCAAAGGUCAAGAAGAUCACCAUGGUGAGCAGUGGCAGCGGAGAAGUGGGUGCCUCCAAGAUGAGCGGAGAGGUUCUUGAUAUCAUGACCAGGCUUCCCGAGACCAUCGAGAAACUCACUGGAGUCAACAUCUCCCAGGGAGCCAUGAGACCUGUCCGGAUGUCGUAACCAUAAGAUGAGCCAAGGAGGAUGUUGUGAACGAAUAGGUGUUGGACCUAUUCUCCACGUCUAUUAACCCCCAUGCCGUUGUCUAGUCUGCAUGUCCUCUUCAUGUCGCCUUGUACCACUGGUUACAGUUGUCACGAUAGUGAACUGUCAAAGAGUAGAGACACACCUGUAUCAUAUUCCCACUGAAGAAGUAGGAGCACGAGUCUGCCAUUCUUUUUCUCCAUCCAGUUGGAUCACAGCUGGUCUGAGCUUGCCGCAACUAAACUUUGAAAUCCAGUCCCCAGUGGCCCUUCCCUCCAAGGAGUUAUCUCAGCUCUGGACAUAUUUUAAUAAUUCAGCCCAACGUCUCACUGUGCAGAGAGUUGCAAUGAAAAAUAUAAAUAAAAGACCUGCAGUUGCAGCAAGUAUGAAAUAAAUCAGAAAAUGUUGGAAACACUCAAUAGGUUCGGCAGCAAAUAGGGAGAAGCAGCACUAACGUUUCGGGUCGAGCAGACUUUGUCAGAACUUGGAAAGAGAGGUUGCUAUGGAAAGAGGUGAGUUUUACCUCGCUAUAAUUGCAGGGAUAGUGUGGGAGGAAUGGAUAGGACAAAAGAAAUAACUCCAAAAGGGUGAGGCCAGAGUUGUCAGAAGGAUAAGUAAUGAAUGCCAUCAGGUUAGUGGGUUGUUGGAGGACAGUUGAUGAGGGCAAAUGUUACCCUUUAUUCAUCAGGAUAACAUUUGCCCUCAACAAGGGCAGUCAAUCUGAAUGAUCUCAUUUACAACUUAUCUCCAUGGCAACGCUGGCCUCUCUCAAUCUCAAUCCUCCCAUUGUCCCUGCUAUUCCUCCCACUCUCUCCCUAUAGCUUGACGCUAACCUAGUUUUAUCUCCUCUUUUCCAUUUCCAACAUGACCUGAAACAUUAACUCUGUUUCUCUUUGCAUAGCUGCUGCCUGACCCAUCCUGUGUUUCUCACAUUUUCGGUUUUAUUAGGAAAAUUCAAGAUUCCUAUCUCUGAGAGAAGAAGUUCCUUCUUACCUGUGCCUUAAUUCAUCUCUGUGAAAUAUUGCCCUGGUUCUAGAUUCUCUCGAUAUCUUGCCCUUCUAAACCUUUGUUAGGGUGUAAAUGAUUCACUAAGAUCACCUCAUUUUUUUUCUGGACUUCUAUGUGUUCAGGCCCUACCUGCUGAAUGAAAACCACCUCUUCAUCCCAGGAAUCAGCCUGGGACAACCUUCUCCCAAGUGCCUCCAGUGUAGACUUUUCCACGCUAACUGACCAGAUGAAAGUUGCACACGAGUGUAGCCUCUCCCAUAGUUGCAACUCAGUUUUUCUCUCCUUUUAAGCUCCAUCCCUGGUCCAGUUCUGUAGGUCAAUGUAAUCCGGUCGUAGAUGGUGAGCCUAAUGUGGAAGUUCACAUUUGUUUAUGCUGUUCCAUUCUGCCCCGGGAACGUAACUGGAAUCACAGUGUAGAAAUCUGCGCCAGGUCUGGACAGACCCGUGUCCCUGUCUUCUGUCACCACCACUUGCUAAGCACGUUUCAAUGAAAGUUGGGUGCAGGCAAAAUACUGUUUUAGCUUGUUAGACCAGAGUGGUUUGAAUCAAGUGCUGGUUUAACUGUAAAUUCUCUGUUUUGGAAAGAAUAUGAGCACCAUUCGAUAUCUUGUGGCCUGGCUCCUCUCUUAAAGUUGGUGGUGGGAGAAUGGCUGUGGGAGAGGUGAGACAGUUUCCUCCACCACCGUCAGCUUAGUUUUCCAUCAACACUGCCCUCUAUUGGCAGGUCAGUGUCACGCCUCCUUUCUGAAGGAGCAGCCUUUAAAUCUGGGCCCAAAUUGUCAUCCUCUUUACCACAUCGUUCUUUUUCAAACCUGCAGCCCUGUGUGUGGAGACAUCCGGAACUUACUGAAUAUAUCCUUUCUAAGUGCCUCGUUUCUGACAGAUUCUAGGUAGAACUGUUGAGCUCUCCGUCUAAGCUCUCCCGACUUGAAACGACCUCGCUACUCCUCUCAUCUUAUUCCGUGUGGGCUUCAGAUUCCUUUGUUGCCUGAUCCUUCCUCAUGGAAUGCCUGAAGGAGUUUUAUAAUGAAAUCUAACUUAUCUAGCUUCUCUCCCAAGUGCUCUCAGAGUUCAGUGAUGUGGUUACCCAGAAGUAAACUUUAUUCAUUAUAUAUAUAUAUAUACAGUAAAUAUAAUCAAUCAGGGUGUCAUUCUGUAUCAUUCUGCUAUACCGAGCAUAUUGUACAUUUUGUUUACAAAUAUACGUAUUUUAUCCAUCAUUA